AGUGUUUUUUCUGCUACCACCGUGUAGUAUUAGACGGUAUAUACCUGCUCAGAGCUCGGCGUUAGCGUUGGAGUGUGUGAGGCUGCCCUACAUUAGCCAGAGUCCGCUGAAUAAGGAGUCCUCCCUGAAUGACUCGUAGUGCGUGGCUACUGGUUAGCUAGCGAAGAGGAGGGAGGAGACAAAAACUUCCAAGACCUCGCCCAGUCGUUGCUUCAUUCCAGCAGGCAGCUACUCUCUCGGCGGUGUGAGAGACACACACCACCUAAACCAGAUAAUUAUUCAAGGGGCGACUGACACAGCUGUGUCAACUAAGGGCGAAAAAUCAGUCACCAUGUUCAAGAAAAGCUCAAGGAAGGACCCCGAGCUGUUUCAGAACGUCUCGGAGGGGCUGCGGCGGCUCUACCGGACCAAGCUGUUCCCGCUGGAGGACACGUAUCGAUUCCACGACUUCCACUCCCCUGCACUCGAAGAUGCCGACUUCGACAACAAGCCCAUGGUCCUCCUGGUGGGUCAGUACUCUACCGGGAAAACCACGUUCAUCCGCCACCUCAUGGAGCAGGACUUCCCCGGUAUGCGGAUUGGCCCCGAGCCGACCACAGACUCUUUCAUCGCGGUGAUGCACGGUGAACAGGACGGGGUGAUACCGGGCAAUGCCCUGGUUGUCGACCCCAAGAAGCCCUUCCGCAAACUCAACGCUUUUGGGAACGCGUUUCUCAACAGGUUCAUGUGUGCUCAGAUGCCUAACCCUGUCCUGGAGAGCAUCAGUAUCAUCGAUACUCCUGGAAUUCUGUCAGGGGAGAAACAGAGGAUAAGCAGAGGUCUGCUUCACAUACAUACACCCACACGUCACUCGUAUUAGUAGUGUUUACCGCCACACCCUCUGCUCAAAACCUAUGACAUACAUUAUUCAAAAACACCCAUGCAAAAUAAACCCAAAGGAAGUCACAAGUUCAGAUAAGAAAAAGGAAACUUGCUUUAACAGCCUACAUACCGGCCUUCCUUUCCCUAAGUUUCUCACUAGUAUUUUUGUUUGGCAAGUGCUCCACAAAAUCAACUGUAGCAUUUUUGCUCCAAGCGCUGUCAAACCUGUAUUUAACUCU